AUGUUGGUGUUAACGGCACAAGAGAUUCUUUUGACAAUUGCGGAACCAGCUCCAGCCGCGACGGGCGCUACCGAUGAGACUGUGAAACAUACGACGGACACCUUAAUUGACGCCUCGGCUACGCCGGAACCAACCAUUCCGACGAGCAAUGAAACGGAGGGGUUUGAGAACAGUGGAGAUGUCACUGUUUUGCCGAACAAUCCGACUGAUGAGGCCACUACAAAAAGCAGCACGACGGCGCAAACUGAACCUCCAGUCAAAGAUUCGUCACAUUCGUCAAUACCUCCCACAGGAAAGAGACCUUGUCCUCCACUGCCGCAGCCUAAGACUCCUUGUCCUCCAUUGCCACAGCCCAAGACGCCUUGUCCUCCAUUGCCACAGCCCAAGACGCCUUGUCCUCCAUUGCCACAGCCCAAGACGCCUUGUCCACCAUUGCCUCGGCCGAAGGAAACUGCGGGUAGCAUUGAUGAAAGCAUGCAAGAGCAGCAGGGUUCAGACAAAACCAAAGUGAAAGCAUCGACAGCCGCAGGUGGAAUUGUCUUUGGACAUGCAUUGAUCGUUGUCUCCACUAUCAUCACCUACCUGCUCCUAUAG